GUAACGCGCUGCGCUGGUUCACCUCCAUGGUGGUCUACGCUGCCUUCCUGGGGCUGCAUCAUAUAUUGGUCAUCUGGGAAAUAUUGGUUAACAUGCUAUCAACAUCUGGAAAGCCAAGAGAAAGGGUCUGGGUGCUGGUAUAAUAGGACCUACAUUUCAAGACUUGGCUAUGAAUGUGAACGGCAAUAUCAGUGAUAUUUCUCACAUUUUUGUGGGCCAUGCAUGUGGGAGUCUAAGUGGUUCUGUGGUUGGUGGAUUUCUCUUUGACUGCAUGAAUCAUAAUUUAAUUUUGGGACUGUCAACGCUGGGGACAGCUAUUGCUCUCUACCUUAUCCCCUUUUGCAAGAAAGCAAUAUUACUGGUUGUGAUGAUGGCUGUCUCUGGAAUUUGUACUGGAAUUUUAGGCACAUGUGGCAAUGUCCUCAUCCUGAAUAUAUGGAGAGGUGAAGCAGCCCCACAUCUGCAGGCCUUGCAUUUCACUUUUGCCUUGGGGGCAUUUUUGGCUCCCAUACUGGCCAAGUUGGCCCUUGGCAGUGCUGUGCCCUCUGAAAACCACAUGAUAGCUGACAUGUCAAACCACUCUGAGCUCACCCUGCCACCUGCAGCCGACUUAGACAUCAUAUUUGGAGUACCUGCUAAUAAGAAUUUGCUGUGGGCUUAUGUUGUUAUAGGAACUUAUACUUUGGUGAUGUUUGCCUUCUUUAUUGUUUUGUUUUUCAAAAAAACUCCAUAUCGAGAGAAAACAAAAAAAGCUGCUCAGAUUCGAACUGCGAAAUACCAGGAUAUCCUUCUUGUUCUCCUUUUUGUAUUCUUCUUUUUUUACACAGGAGCAGAGAUGGCAUAUAGCUCUUACAUUUUCUCUUUUGCAACACUCCACGUUGGCAUGAGUGAAAGCCAAGCAGCAGGCUUGAACUCUGCCUUCUGGGGGUCAUUUGCCACUUGCAGGGGCAUGGCGAUCUGUUUUGUUACGUUUCUGCAGCCUGGGACCAUGAUUGUGGUAAAUAAUGUGGGCAGCUUGAUUUCCUCCUUGCUUCUAGUGAUUUUUGAUAAGAACCACAUUUGUCUUUGGGUGGCAACUACAGUGUAUGGGGCUUCAGUGGCUACUACAUUUCCUAGUGGCAUUUCCUGGAUUGAACAGUACAUGACCAUUAAAGGAAAAUCUGCAGCUUUAUUUGUAGUUGGUGCUGCCAUGGGACAGAUGGUCUUUCCUGUAGUGGUUGGAUAUCUUCAAGGAAAUUACCCACAUCUUCCUGGGAUUCCGUAUGUUUCAUUGGGGUCAGCUAUUGUGAUGGGAGUUUUGUUUCCUAUCAUGUACAAACUGGCCACUGCACCUCUUAAUAGCAAGAUUCAGGUAAGUAGAAAGAGUGAAGACCAGAAGGCACUACUGUCCACCUCUAGGUUCAAUAAUGAGGAUGAAGAUGAUUAUGGAGAAGAGGGUGCUGAAGAAGAAUGGGACAAAGUCGACUUUGAAAUGAUUGAAAUGAUGAGGAAUUCGGUAAUAGAGACAUCUAGAAAACUUUUGAGGAAAUCUCCCACAGAAAUUUCUAAUCAGUUAUGGUCAAAUGAUACACCAUUCAGUUCUUCUCUGGUUAUUACUGGCAACUCACCUGGGAAGCCCCUCCCUCUAGACAAGGAAAAGAAUGACUAAUGGAGUAAAAGAUGGAUUGGUUACUGAUUCCCUGUAAUAACCAUUGACUUUAAGGAGGCAGAUCAGAGUAGAUCAUUAACAUAUUUUCAAACACAUUUUAGGGUUUGGCAUUUGUAGCUCUGAUUUCAACAAAUGGAAAAUUCUGGUGUGUCAUGUCAGCCCAGAGUCUUUGACAACAAAAGGAAGUCAGGUAUAGUCAGGUGUGGCUAGUAAAGUUACUUUACUGUAAAGUAACCCUCUACAUUCAGAGGAUGCAAAGAAGGCAUAAAUAUUUGAGAAGUUUCUUACCAGCAAAAGUCACCUAAAAGAGUGAUUAAAGAGUAGAAUAAAUUACCGGUGUUCAAGAAACUACUGGUAGAAUUGGUAAAUAACCACUCGAGUAUCUUUGCCAAGAAAAUGCCAACAUGGGGGGAUGAAGAGUUGAACACAACUGAAAAA